AUGUAAAUCCUUUGUUUACACAAGUUUGACACUUUCACUCAAAUUACGACAAUGAGGGGAUUAGUCACGGCUGAACGGCCAGCACCUUACCUGUGUUAACAGUGGGCACAGUAGAUCGAUAUGUUUUGAUAACAAUAGUGAUGACCGGCUUUGGUGUUAAUUCUGAUCAUUGAUAAUUGGCUUGUGUGCAAUUUUGUUCGGCAUGAAAUUUUAAUUAUUGAACUGUUCAGUUUGCGAAUGACACUUCGCUUGGACAUUAAAUUAAAAUUAUCAGAAUUAGACCGUCUAUUAAAUGGUAGCGCUAUUAAAUGGUAGCGCUUGGUCAUUUAUUUGAAUAUGUGUUCACUUUUAAGUGCAAUUUUAAGAAUUAAAAUCACAAGCACCCCGUAUAAAUAUACGUCUGAAAAUUAAAUUCAUCAUUCUCACCAUGGCUCUGAAGAGGAAAAGAACAGAUCUCUCCCUGGCAGACAAGUAUGAAGCGGUUAAACUUCUUGAGCAGAAAGUCCCCCAAACAGAAAUUGCCAAGAAGUUAGGUUGUUCACAACCUCAGAUUAGCGCUAUUUCAAAAAAUAAAGAAACGAUACGAAAAGAUUACGAAACUAGCGCUAAUCCAGAAAGAAAAAGACAAAGGUCUGGGAAGGCACCGACAGUUGAGGGGGCCCUUACAGAAUGGUUCACAAAGGCCCGCACCAAAGAUCUCCCCGUCACCAGCGCAGUCCUAACAGAAAAGGCAGAAGACCUGGCAGCGAGAAUGAACGUCGAUUUCACCGCAACGACUGGCUGGCUGUCCCGAUGGAAGCAACGAAAUAACAUCAGCUACAAGAAGAUACACGGAGAAAAGAAGGACGCCAACACAGACGCAGCCGAUCGCUGGAUAACAGAUGUCCUACCACAGCUGAUGAAAGAUUACGAGGCGCAGAACAUCUACAACGCCGAUGAAACGGGGAUUUAUUACAGAGCACUUCCUGAUGGAACGUUGACUUUCAAGACAGAUAAAUUGGCUGGCUCCAAAAAGGCAAAGGACAGAGUGACAGCGCUAGUGACAGUGAACAUGACCGGAACAGACAAGCGUCGACUGCUGGUGAUCGGCAAAAGCAAAGACCCAAGGUGUUUCCGCGGGAAGAAAAGUCUACCGGUGAUCUACAAGAGUUCCGGAAAUGCCUGGAUGACUGGUGACUUGUUCAAGCAGUGGCUGUCGGAUUUCAACAGAGACAUGGUACGACAGAACAGAAAAAUUCUUCUACUCGUGGACAACUGUUCAGCCCAUCCUAAAGACGCUGCCGAUCGACUUAGCAACAUCCGACUCGAGUUUCUGCCUGCAAACACGACGUCCAUCAUCCAGCCAUGUGAUCAAGGAAUCAUCCGGAAUUUGAAGGCCCUCUACAGAUCACAGGUUAUACGGAAAAUGGUCAGCGAGAUCGACAACGGCAACAUCUCAACAGCGACGGACAUUGCUAAACGACUUACAUUACUCGACGCAGUGCAUCUACUCAGUAAAGCAUGGCGGGGAGUUAAAGAAAGUACAGUGGUGAAUUGUUACCGGAAGGCAGGUUUCCAUUCCGACAGCACAGAAGAAAUGCCAGAGGAAGAUCCAGCUAUACCUGACGGUAUGGAGAGAGAAGAGUUCCUUGAGUUUGUGAACCACGACGACGAUACCGAGUGCCACAGACAAAUUACAGACGAUGAGAUCUGCGCACAGUUCAUUGAGGAAGAAACGACAAGAGCCCCGGAAGAAGAAGUCAGCGAUGAAGAAAAGAGCUUCACCUUGCCUGUGAGUUCAACAGAGAAAAACGAAUCCCUCUCCAAUGUUCGACGCUUCCUGGAGGAAAAUGGUUGUGAGGACUUUAGUGCAUUCUACGCAUUGGAAGAACUUUGUGAGCGUUUAGGCGAAAACCUGAAGAAACAGUCAAAGAUCACCGAAUUCAUAAACUGGAUACCAUAAAGACUAAGUGAAAGAAACAGUGACUAAGCAGUGACUACUUUGUGUUAAAUAUGUUUGACUUUUAAUUUAUCAUUUUUCGUUUUUACGUUUAUCAUAUUUUAUUCUUGUUUGUAUUUUACUUAAUUGUUCUUAGUUGUAGUGCUUUGAAAUCUGAUGUGCUUGUCAAUAUGUUUAUGCUCUAUUAUGUGCUUGAAAAUGAUAUAACGUACAAAUAAAGAUGAAACAAUAAACGUUUUUUUUUUUAUUUAUUGAUCAGCAAUCCGGAAAAAAAUGGUUUACGUAAUAUAGUUAUGUAUUCAAUCAACUUCCGUUUUCCAAAAUGGAUGCCAUCAACGAAUGGGAUGAAUGUAAACAGGUGCCUGGUGCUAAAUAAAUAUAUAAAGAUGGAAAUAAGUUUUAUACUUCAAUUAAAAACAAAUUAUUCAUACAAAAUCAUAUUAAAUUAAGUGAAAUAAUUCAUUUUCUGACUUGGUACAUUCAUCAAACGAAAACGAAAGUACAGGUACGUAAUACAACCAUGUUGAAAUUGUUACUUAUGUACUGUAGAUCUGUCGUUUGUACGGAAAAUAUUGCAAUCGGCUAUUCCAAUAUUCGGCUAUACGGAUAAAAUUAUUCUGACAACCUGACUAUCCGUUUAAACGGAACCCAC